GGCCCGGAGCGCGGCGGGCGCGUACCUCCCUUUCAGGACCGUGCGCCGGCUCGCGCCUUUGAAGUGCACAGUGAAAUCCACGGCGCAGUUUUUGUUGGAAGCGCCCGGAGGACGUUGGGUGCCCGGAGUGGUUGCUGGAAGCGGGGCCCGUGUCGAAAGCCGGGCCGGGCGGGGGCCGGAGGAGCCGAGGGCGGCCGCGGCGGGGGCGAGGCCCACUCGUAUCUUCCGCAGAAAGAGGGGCGGCGGGGCGCGCCUCUGCCCCCUCCCUCGCCGCCGGGUUCCCCGCACUCCCUCCCCGGCCGCGCGACUCCCCCAUGUUCCCCGACGCCGGGACCGGCCCGGGGGGGCCCGGGGCCGCGGCGGCGAGCCGAUCCGGGGGCCGGGGCCGAGGCCCUGCCCAGGGCGCCCGCGAGGUCUGGGCGCUGAGCCCGCGCGCGGACCCCUGAAAGGAGGCUCAGAUGAGUCCCUGCUGACUUGAGAGAGAAAGAGAGACCACGCUGAUUGCUGAGAGGAACUGGAAGGAGAAAAAAAAAAUUCCUCAACUCAGCGAGAAGAACUCACUCGCCAUGAGCAGCGCUGUGUUGGUGCCUCGCCUCCCAGACCCCAGCAGCAGCUUCCGCGAGGAUGCCCCGCGGCCCCCAGUGCCGGGCGAAGAAGGGGAGACCCCACCGUGCCAGCCCGGGGUGGGAAAGGGCCCGGUCGCCAAACCCCUGCCUGUCUCCUCCAAUGCCAGAAGGAAUGAGGACGGGUUGGGGGAGCCGGAGGGGCGGGCGUCUCCGGAUUCCCCUCUGACCAGGUGGACCAAGUCCCUGCACUCCUUGCUGGGUGACCAAGACGGUGCUUAUCUCUUCCGGACUUUCCUGGAGAGGGAGAAAUGCGUGGAUACCUUAGACUUCUGGUUUGCCUGCAAUGGAUUCAGGCAGAUGAACCUGAAGGAUGCCAAAACUUUACGAGUAGCCAAAGCGAUCUACAAGAGGUACAUCGAGAACAACAGCAUUGUCUCCAAGCAGCUGAAACCUGCCACCAAGACCUACAUCAGAGAUGGCAUCAAGAAGCAGCAGAUCGAUUCUGUCAUGUUUGACCAGGCGCAGACUGAGAUCCAGGCGGUGAUGGAGGACAAUGCUUACCAGAUGUUUCUGACUUCUGAUAUAUACCUCGAAUACGUGAGGAGUGGGGGUGAAAACCCAGCCUGCGUGGGCGGCGGGGGGCUGGGGAGCCUGAAGCUCGUGUGUGGCUACCUCCCCACGCUGAAUGAGGAGGAAGAGUGGACUUGCGCCGACUUCAAGUGCAAACUGUCCCCCAGCGUGGUCGGCUUGUCCAGCAAAACCCUGAGGGCUACAGUCGGUGUGAGGUCCACAGAAACUGUGGAGAAUGGACACAGGAGGAGCGACCCGGUGAAUCCGUACCACGUGGGUUCUGGCUGCAUCUUCGCGCCAGCCACCAGCGCCAACGACAGCGAGAUAUCCAGUGAUGCGCUGACCGACGAUUCCAUGUCCAUGACGGACAGUAGCGUAGAUGGAAUCCCUCCUUACCUCGGGGGGAGUAAGAAACAGCUCCAGAGAGAAAUGCAUCGCAGCGUGAAGGCCAACGGCCAGGUGUGCCUACCUCAUUUCCCGAGAACCCACCGCCUGCCCAAGGAGAUGACCCCCGUGGAGCCCGCUGCCUUCGCGGCCGAACUCAUCUCCCGGCUGGAGAAGCUGAAGCUGGAGCUGGAGACGCGGCACAGCCUGGAGGAGCGCCUGCAGCAGAUCCGAGAGGACGAGGAGAAGGAGGGCUCCGAGCUGGCGCUGAGCGCCCGGGAGGCGGGGCCCACCCAGCACCCCCUCUCCCUCUUGCCAUCGGGCAGCUACGAGGAGGACCCGCAGACCAUCCUGGACGACCACCUGUCCAGGGUCCUCAAGACCCCCGGCUGCCAGUCCCCGGGCGUGGGCCGCUACAGCCCCCGCGCACGCUCCCCGGACCAGCAUCGCCGCCACCACCUCCUGCAGCACCGCGCGCCCCCGCCCCCCGGGGGCCCGCUGCUCCCCGCCACCGCCGCCGCAGCCGGCUGCCCCCUCCUCGGGGCCCGGGGCUUCGUGAGCAGGCAGACAACGAAGCACGUCCACCACCACUACAUCCACCACCAUGCCGGCCCCCGGACCCGGGAGGAGGUGGAGGCCGAGGCCGCCCAGCGCGCGCGCUGCCCCUGCCCCGUCCCCACCCCCGGGGGCUCCGACUACCCCUGCUGCGCCAAGUGCAAGAGCCACCCCGGGGCGCCGGAGCCCGCGGCGGCCGCGCAGGCUGGCGGCCGCGGCCGAGGCGCCGUCCCACCCCGACGGAGCGGGAGAGGCUCGGAGCCAGGCCCGGCUGGGCCAGCCCGGGAAGGAGGGGCCCCCGGCGGAGCGGGGCCGCUGCAGCCGCCCGGGGAGGAGGGAGACCGGGCACAGGACGUAUGGCAGUGGGUGCUGGAGAGCGAGCGUCCGGGCAAGCCCAAGCCGCACAGUGCCCAAAGCACCAAGCGGGCCUAUCCCUUGGAGUGCGCCCGAGCGUCCCCAGCCGGCCGUCACCACCUGUGGGUGGGCAGCAGCGGGCACCCCCGCGCCACCCCCCGUGCCCACCCGUUCACCCAGGACCCUGCGGUGCCUCCCCUGACCCCACCCAACACCCUGGCGCAGCUGGAGGAGGCCUGCCGCCGGCUGGCGGAGGUGUCCAAGCCCCCAAAGCAGCGGUGCUGCGUGGCCAGUCAGCAGAGGGACAGGCACCACUCGGCCACUGGUCAGCCAGGAGCCACGCCCUUCUCCAGCCCAAGCCUGGCUUCGGAAGAUCACAAAGAGCCAAAGAAGCUGGCAGGGGUGCACGCUCUCCAGGCCAGCGAGCUGGUGGUCACCUACUUCUUCUGCGGGGAGGAAAUCCCGUACCGGAGGAUGCUGAAGGCUCAGAGCCUGACCCUGGGCCACUUUAAAGAGCAGCUCAGCAAAAAGGGAAAUUAUAGACACAAGGUGAAACUAAUUACACAAGUGUGCCCCCCAGGGAUUCAUUUUGAUCUCAGCUUUGGCUCGGCUGGACUUUGGAACCGCAGGUGACCUUCAGGGGAGCAGGGCCGAGGGGCGCUGAGCAGAGGCUGCAGGGACGGCUCCACACGCAGCCACUCGAGCCUCGUCUGGCUCGGAGUGUUUUCUAAGGCACACUCAGCAAGCCUGGCUUUGAAGCCCCAGCCUCCCCUUUAAUGCACACAGACUCGCACACAUGGGCGACUGGCACAUUCCUUGCUGAUUGGGUCAGGCUGCGGCCCUUCCCAGCCGCCUUAGGCGGCUCCACCGGCUCCCCGGGCCGGAGCUGGACCCUUUGCCCGCUGGUCGGGAGGGCACCGGGCGCCGCGCCUCGUCCUCCCGGCGGGGUGGCACUGCAACACUCUCCUCACACCCCUCUCCGCCGCCCGCCAUCCGGAGCCCAGCGAGGAUGGGGGCGGGGAGCGGGGACCUGGGCAGAGCUUCAGAGCAGCCCCUGCAGACGUGCCAGAUGGCAGAAGGAAGCAGAGUUUGCCACAAAGCAGGUCGCAGUGGAGGAGAAGCUGAGGGCAGCUCAGUGCCUUUGAAGUCUGGGGGCGCAGGGGAGGGCUGGGGAGGAGGUCGCAGUCAGGGACAAGGUCACUCACUGCGUGUCUCUGCUCAGAGGGGCCGGGAGAGCCCCCAUGCUGGGCCCGAGGCCUGCCCGGGGUGGCGUAGGCAUUGGAGCCUCUCAUUUAGAAAGAACUCCCCCCGCUGCCCAGGGUCUCCUGUGCACGGCGCCCCUCCCCCAGCUCUCAUCGGGCCCCCCGGGACUCUGCCCUCCUCGUGCCAGAGGGUCUUCUCCGCUGACCCCCUCGAGCUGGGCGGUCACCCCGAUGCCUUAGCCCAGCCGGGAACGCCAGAAACCCAGACCCUUGACUAAAUGCAGCUGUUUCACUGGGUUUAGCCUUAUCUCCUAUGAAAGUACUUGGCUGGCCUUCAUUAAAGAGGAAAAAAAUUUAGCUCUAACCAAGGGGAAUUGAAAAAAACUUUUUAAGGAGAAAAGACAAAAACAGAAAACCACUGUAACCCUGAGACACAAUUACUUUUUUUUUUUUGGGAAGCUAUUACCCUCCCCCCAGGGGACCGUGACCCUCCCUCCACGAGUGGCCUUUAUUGGCUGAAGAUGACAGCUUGCAGGGGCGAGUUUAAAGUGUCUGAGGGGUCUCCCUGGCCUGGGACGGGGAGGGAUAGGCCUUGGCUUCGUGUCCUGGGAAGGGUCUCGGGUGGGCCUGGCCGAGCGGGACAGCAGUUUUCACACAUGACUCUCCUGGGACAGGCUGGUCGUUUGCGUCCUUACAGCUAAACAGGCUUCAAGCAAGAAGCCGGGGUGGGAUGGAAGGAGCUUUUUUAAUCAGCUGGCAGAAUAGGGGCCUUUAGCGUUUGCCCUGGAGGAGGGGAGGGAAGGGGCCGGGCAGAGGGGAGAGCAGCGGGUUCUCGGUGGCUGCAACCCCGGGAAGCAGUGGGCUGCCCGCCUCCUGCGGUGACCACAGGGGAAGCAGCCUGUCCUGGCCCCGCCAGCCCGAGCUGUGCCCGACACCAGCCGGGAGGGCUGGCCCUUGGGCGCUGGAGGGCAGGGAGCCUGAGAGGUGCCAGCCUUCCGCAGGCUCCUACCGGGUCGGGGGGCUGAGUCGGGGGUCUCUUUGAGGGACCCACCCCUCCAGGCACGCCUUGCGCUCUCCCGCCCCUCCCCCCAAAAAUGGGGAGAAAGAAGCAGCCGUCCUCUGCAAAGGGUACCUCUCACCGUGUGUGUCGGGUGACGGUGCUGGGCCUCUGCAUUGUUGGCAGCUGGGGGUGCCCAGCCGCCGCCGCCUCCGGGGUCCCUGCCUGGCUUUGCCCUCCCACCAGCCGCACGAAGCAGACACCCGGGCGGAGACUUCCCUGCCGCCCGCGGUAGCAGCAUUCUCAGACCCCUUCGCCCCCAGCGCUGACAGACUCUCCUCUCAAACCCAGUAGAAAAUGCAGCUUUACCAAG